AUGAAUGGUCAAACCUCUCCUCCUCUUGAUGCCUUGGUCACCAACGGCACUGAACAGUCCACUGUCCCUAAAAGUAUGAGGGCUGAGCUAGGAGUUGGCACCCCACCCAGGCCCCAGGCAGAGGCAGCUCCUCCCACCACAGCCAGGAGUAUUGCUGGGAUUUAUGUGGAGACCUCAGGGCAGAUCCAGAGUGUCUACACUGCCAUGAAGCAGGGCCUCCUGCCCACUGGGCUCGGGCUGGCUUUGCUGGAGGCCCAGGCAGCCACUGGGGGCAUUGUGGACCCCACCCAGGGCCAGCUGCUCCCCGUGUCUGAGGCCCUGAGGCAGGGCCUGGUGGGGCUGGAACUGAAGGAGAAGCUACUGGCCGCUGAACGUGCAGUCACUGGCUAUCCUGACCCCUAUGGGGACGGGAAACUGUCCCUCUUCCAAGCCAUCAGGAAGGAAGUUGUAGACAGGACCCUGGGGUGGAACUGGCUGGAGGCCCAGCUGGCCACUGGAGGCCUGAUGGACCCUGUCCAGGGUGUGCGAGUGGCCCCUGAGCUAGCCUGCCAGCAGGGCCUCCUGGACCAGGAGACCUGGCUUGGCCUGGCAGAGCCGGAGCCCAGUGUGGUUUCCUCGGGUUUUCUUGACCCCAACACCCUGCAGCGGCUGCCAUACCACACACUGCUGGGCAGGUGCGUGCAGGCCCCCAGCUCGGGGCUGGCUCUGCUGCCUCUCAAGACCACCUUCCACACCCUGGGUGGGGCAGCCAGUGCAGCUGAGCUGCUGGAGGCAGGGGUCCUGGAGGAGGGGGUUGUCCGGGGCCUGCAGGAGGGCACGCUGGUGGUGUCAGAUGUGAGCACGCGCCCUGAGGUGCAACGCUAUCUGGAGGGCAUUGGCAGUUUGGCGGGGGUUGUCCUACUACCUGAAGGCCACAAGAAGAGCUUCUACCAGGCUACCACUGAACACUUGCUCCCGAGGGGUACUGCGCUCCAGCUCCUGGAGGCUCAGGCUGCCACCCACACCCUGGUGGACCCAGCCACAGGCCAACGGCUAUGGGUGGAAGAGGCAGUCAGGGCCGGCCUGGUUGGCCCGGAGCUCUAUGAGCAGUUGAUGGUGGCAGAGCAGGCAGUGACUGGGUACCACGACCCCUUCAGCAAUUCCCGGAUCUCCCUCUUUCAGGCCAUGAAGAAAGAGCUGGUAGACCAGCCAUUGGCUCUGCGCCUCCUGGAUGCCCAGUUGGCCACAGGUGGGCUGGUUUGCCCAGCCCGCAGGUUCCGGCUGCCCCUAGAGGCUGCCCUGUGCUUUGGCUGCCUGGAUGAAGAGACGCAGCAGCAUGUCUCACAGGCUGCAGGCUUCUCAGACCCCAGCACGCAUGACGAUCUGCACUACGAGCAGCUGCUGGCCCGCUCUGUCACUGACCCCGAGACAGGGCUCGCCUUCCUGCCCCUCUCAGGGGCACCUGGUGGAGAGGAGCCCCAGGGACCGGUAUUCAUUGAGCACCACACUCGGCAGGCCCUGAGCACAGCCGUGACCUCCAUCUCUGUGGGGAGGUUCCAGGGCCAUCCCGUGUCCCUCUGGGAGCUGCUUUUCUCCGAGGCAGUGCCUGUGAAGCAGAGGGCAAUGCUGGCCCAGCGGUACCAGGAAAGGGCCCUAUCAGUGGAGGACCUGGGAGCUGAGCUGAAAGCCAUUAUUGAGCAGGCUGCAGCCACUGCCAAGGUCACCUUUGUUGGGCUAAGAGACACAGUGACACCAGGAGAGCUGCUGAAAGCUGAAAUCAUCGACCAGGAGCUGUAUGAGCAAUUGGAACGUGGGCAGACCUCAGUCCAGGACGUGGGCAGCCUGGACUCCGUGCAGAGGUACCUGCAGGGGACAGGCUGCAUUGCAGGCCUACUGCUGCCGGAUUCCCAGGAGCGCCUCAACAUCUAUGAGGCCCGCAAAAGAGGGCUUCUCAGGCCCGGCACCGCCCUCAUCCUGCUUGAGGCCCAGGCUGCCACGGGUUUCAUCAUUGACCCAAAAGAAAACAAGAGACACUCCGUGGAGGAGGCACUGCGAGCUGGCGUCAUCGGGCCUGAUGUGUAUAUGAAGCUGCUGUCAGCUGAACGAGCCGUCACCGGCUACAAGGACCCCUACUCCGGGGAGCAGAUCUCCCUCUUCCAGGCCAUGCAGAGGGACCUGCUCGUCAGGGACCACGGCAUCCGCCUGCUGGAGGCCCAGAUCGCCACGGGCGGCAUCAUCGAUCCAGUACACAGUCACCGUGUGCCCGUGGACGUGGCCUACCAGCGUGGCUACUUUGACCAGAUGCUGAACUUGAUCCUUUUGGACCCCUCUGAUGACACCAAGGGCUUCUUCGACCCCAACACCCACGAGAACCUGACCUACCUGCAACUGAUGGAACGCUGUGUGCGUGACCCCGAGACGGGCCUGUACCUCCUUCCACUCAGCAGCCCUCGGCCCCAGCUGGUGGAUGGUGCCAUCCGGCAGACCUUCCGGAACCUGCUGCUACCUGUGCGGUAUGGCCGGUUCCGGGGACAGAGGGUUUCUGCAUGGGAGUUGAUCAACUCAGAAUACUUCAGUGAGAAUUGGCGGAGGCAGCUGCUCCGCCGUUAUCAGCAGCGUGCGGUCACCCUGGAGAGGGUCGCUCAGCUGCUGGAGAAGGAGUCGAGGAGGUGGGCAGACAUCACACUGCCCGUGCUGCAGGGCCGGGUCACUGUCUACCAGCUCCUGGAGGCCCAAAUCAUCAACCAGGAGCUCCUGGACCAGGUGCUUGUAGGGGCAGUCAGCCCAGAUUCCCUCCUCCACAUGGACAGUGUCCGAAGGUACCUGCAGGGCUCCGGUGUGGUGGGCGGUGUGUUGCUGCAGCCCUCCAACAAAACACUCAGCCUCUACCAGGCCAUGAAGCAGAAGCUGCUGGCACCCAGUGUAGCCCUGGCCCUGCUGGAGGCCCAGGCAGCCAUUGGGGCCAUCAAGGACCCCUGCAAUCUAGAGAGCCUGUCAGUGGAUGAGGCUGUGCGCAGGGGAGUGGUGGGGCCAGAGGUGUACCUCAGGCUGAGAAGGGCUGAGGAUGCCGUCACUGGUUUCAGAGACCCCUUCUCUGGAAAGAGAGUGUCUCUAUUCAGGGCCAUGAAGAAGGGCUUGGUCCCCGUGGAACAAGCCACCCGCCUUCUAGAGGCCCAGGUAUCCACGGGAGGGGUCAUUGAUCCCACAGGCCGCCACCACCUUCCCAUGCCUGUGGCUGUUCAGCGUGGCUGCAUAGACCAGGAGAUGGAGGUGGCCUUGUCCAGAUCCCCUGAGACCUUUCCUACACCGGAUGGCCAAGGGCGCACCAGCUAUGCCCAGCUUCUGCAGCAGUGUCCUCGGGACAAGGCCUCUGGCCUUCACCUCCUGCCCCUGCCUGAAGGUGCCCCUUCAGUCCCCACUGAUGCAGAGAUUCAGCAGACCCUACGGGAUACGCCGGGGACUGAGGAUGGCAUGACCCUUUGGGACUUGCUCACCUCCUGCCACUUCACUGAGGAGCAGCGCAGGGGCCUCCUGGAGGAGGUGCAGGUGGGGAAGACCUCAGUGCCACAGUUACAGGACACUGUGUGCUGCUGGGUGCAGAGGGCACAGCUCUUGGCCCAAGCCCGCAUCAUGGUGCCAGGCCCUCGGGGGGAGGUCCCUGCUGCCUGGCUGCGGGAUGCUGGCAUCAUCACCCAAGACACAUUGGAAGCACUGGCUCAGGGCACACAGUCACCAGCUGAGGUGGUUGAGCAGCCCACGGUGAAGGCCUGCCUCUGGGGUACGGGCUGUGUGGCCGGCGUGCUGCUGCAGCCCUCAGGGACCAAAGUCAGCAUUGCCCAGGCCAUGAAGGAUGGCCUCCUGCCCACAGGUCUGGGCCAGAGGCUAUUAGAGGCCCAGGUGGCAUCUGGCUCCCUUGUCAACCCACUGACCAACCAGAGACUGUCAGUGGAGGAUGCAGUGAAGUCUGGCCUGGUAGGCAGAGAACUGAGUGAUCAACUUAGGCAGGCUGAGAAGGCCGUGACUGGGUACACAGACCCCUACUCAGGGGGCUCCCUCUGUCUGUGGCAGGCCAUGGAAAAGGGUCUCAUGCCUCAGAAUGAGGGCUUCCCCCUCCUGCAGGCACAGCUGGCCACAGGAGGUGUGGUGGAUCCCGUCCAUGGGGUUCACCUGCCCCAGGCAACAGCGUGCAGACUCGGCCUCCUGGAUGAGCAGACAAGCCAGGUGUUGACUGCCACCAAGGAGAACAACAAAUUCUUCUUUGACCCCAAUUCCCGGAACAAGGUGACAUACCAACAACUCAGGGAACUCUGCGUGCUAGACGCUGACACUGGCCUGUGGCUGCUGCCGCUCCCUCAAGAUGCUGUGCUUGAAGUAGAUGACCAUACCGCAGUGGCCCUGAGGGCCAUGAAGGUACCCGUCAGCAUGGGGAGGUUCCAAGGGCACAGCGUGUCGCUCUGGGACUUGCUACGUUCUGAGUACGUUGGUUCAGAGAAGCGACGGGAGCUGGCAGCGCUCUGUCGCUCUGGGCGCGCCACAGCCCUGCAGCAGGUGGUCAGUGUGGUCAUUGCCCUAGUGGAAGCUGCAGAGAAGGAGGCCCCCCAGGCCACCUUCAGAGGACUGCGGAAGCAGGUGUCAGCUGGGGACCUGUUCAGGUCCCAGCUGAUCAACAAGCAGACGCUGGAUGAGCUGAAUCGGGGGAAAAGGACAGUGCAGGAGGUGACAGAGAUGGAAAGUGUGAGGCGGGCCCUGGAAGGUGACAACUUCAUUGCCGGGGUCCUCAUCCAGGACACAAGGGAGAAGAUGAGCAUCCCAGAGGCCCUGAGAAGGCACAUCCUACGGCCCGGCACGGCCCUGGUGCUGCUGGAGGCACAGGCAGCCACCGGCUUCAUCAUUGACCCUGUGGAGAACCGGAAGCUGACUGUGGAGCAGGCAUUCAAGGAAGGGAUGUUUGGCAAGGAAACCUACAUGAAGCUGCUGUCGGCCGAGCGUGCCGUCACCGGCUACACGGACCCCUACUCCGGGGAGCAGAUCUCCCUCUUCCAGGCCAUGCAGAGGGACCUGCUCGUCAGGGACCACGGCAUCCGCCUGCUGGAGGCCCAGAUCGCCACGGGUGGCAUCAUCGACCCAGUACACAGUCACCGUGUGCCCGUGGACGUGGCCUACCAGCGUGGCUACUUCGACGAGGAGAUGAACCGCGUCCUGGCCGACCCCAGCGACGACACCAAGGGCUUCUUCGACCCCAACACCCACGAGAACCUGACGUACCUGCAGCUGCUGGAGCGCUGCGUGGAGGACCCCGAGACGGGCCUGUACAUGUUAGAAAUUGUAAAGAAAGGACAAACCUACACAUACAUUGAUGAGGCCAUGAGGCAAGCUCUGCGAUCCAGGACUGUGAAAAUGCACGUGGGGAGGUUUGCGGGUCAGAUGGUAUCUGUCUGGGAACUGCUGUCUUCUCAGUACUUUACGGACGGAAGGAGGAGAGAGCUCGUUCGGCAGUACAGAGCCCAGAACAUAGACCUGGAGAAACUGUUGGAGGUCAUCACCACCACAGUUGAAGAAAUGGAAAAGCAAAACCAAGUCAUCAAGGUGGCAGCCAUCCACGGGGAUGUGACUGCUGCAGAACUAUUCAACUCUGGAAUCCUUGAUAAGAAGACCGUGGAUGCCCUUCACAGCCAAGAGGACGCAUGCCAGGCACUCGGCCAGCUGGACCAUGUGAACAUCUACCUGGAAGGCAGUGGCUGCAUUGCUGGGGUGACUGUACCCCUCACCCAAGAGGUCAUGAGCUUUGAAGAGGCCAGCAGGGAACAACUCAUCCCUGCAGGCUUUGCAGCUCAGCUGCUAGAGGCCCAGGCAGCCACUGGGUUCCUAAUGGAGCCCCACACCCACCAGAGGCUGCCUGUGGACGAGGCUGUGGUGCAAGGCUUGGUGGCCCAAGAGUUGCAGGAGAGGCUUGUGAAUGCUGAGAAAGCUGCAAAGGGCUACAAAGACCCAGACACAGGGGAGACAAUCCCUUUAUUCCAGGCCAUGAAAAAGAAGUUAGUCAAACAAGAGGAGGCGCUGAGGCUGUUGGAAGUGCAGUUAGCCACUGGGGGCAUCAUUGACCCACUGCACCACCACAGGGUCCCACUAGCAACUGCCUACAGGCGUGGCUAUCUACAGGAGGACAUGUUUGGGCUCAUUGCCGAUCAGAAGCACAUGAAGAAAAGGUUCAUGGAUCCCAACACACAGGAGAAGGUCACAUACCGGCAGCUGCAGGACAGGUGCCAGCGGGAGGAGAAGUCUGGCUGGGCUUUGUUUCCAGUGGUCAAGGACCUCAAGGAAGCAGAGUAUGUUGAUGAAACAACAAAAAAGGCCCUUGAAGCAGAGGAGGUAGAAAUAAACGUUGGUAGGUACACAGGCCAGAGGCUAUCUGUGUGGCAGCUAUUGAACUCAGAGUACGUGACAGAGGACAAGAAGCUGGAAUUAGUUAGGAUGUACAAAGAAGACACUGUACGAGCACUGGAGAAGGUGGUACAAGUAAUCCUACAAAUGAUUGCAGACAAGGAAAAGAGGGGAAAGCAGCUGUGGUUCAGAGGUAUCAGAACACAAGUCGCAGCCACCGAACUCCUCAAAUCAGCCAUCAUCACAAGAGAGACUUUCACAGACUUAGAGGAGGGCAGGACCACAGUGGAAAACAUAGAAGGAAAUGAAGACGUGAAAAGAUACCUGGAGGGCACCGGCUGCAUCGCGGGCGUCCUGGUGCCUGUCCGGGGACAGCCUGGCCGCCAGGAGAAAAUGAGCAUCUACCAGGCGAUGUGGAAGGGCGUGCUGCGGCCCGGCACGGCCCUGGUGCUCCUGGAGGCGCAGGCCGCCACCGGAUUUGUCAUCGACCCCGUGAACAACCGCAGGCUGUCCGUGGAAGAGGCCGUGGCCGCGGGCGUGGUGGGGGGCGAGAUCCGGGAGAAGCUGCUGUCGGCCGAGCGUGCCGUCACCGGCUACACGGACCCCUACUCCGGGGAGCAGAUCUCCCUCUUCCAGGCCAUGCAGAGGGACCUGCUCGUCAGGGACCACGGCAUCCGCCUGCUGGAGGCCCAGAUCGCCACGGGCGGCAUCAUCGAUCCAGUACACAGUCACCGUGUGCCCGUGGACGUGGCCUACCAGCGUGGCUACUUCGACGAGGAGAUGAACCGCGUCCUGGCCGACCCCAGCGACGACACCAAGGGCUUCUUCGACCCCAACACCCACGAGAACCUGACGUACGUGCAGCUGCUCCGCCGUUGUGUGCGUGACCCGGACACCGGGCUGUACGUGUUGCAGCUGGCCGGCAAGGACUCCCCGGUGCACCAGCUGAGCAAGGAGCUGCGUGGCACCCUGCGGGAAACCCAGGUCACGCUGGGCUCAGCUGCGUUCCAGGGCCAGAGCGUCUCUGUCUGGGAUCUGCUCUUCUACCGCGAGGUGCCCGAGAGCCUGCGCCAGGACCUGCUGCGCCGGUACCAGGAGGGCGCGCUGACCGUGCAGGACGUGAUCACCACCCUCACCUCGCUGUUGGCCCGGGCCCGGGAAGGGAGCCCACGUGCAGACUCUCAGGACAUCCUGAGCGUGGCCACCAUGGAGGUCAGGGUGGGCCCCCUCCGGGGACGUGCGGUGCCCGUGUGGGAUGUGCUGGUGUCUAGCUAUGUCGGUGGGGCUGCCCGGGAGGAGCUGCUGGCCCAGUUCAGCUCGGGGACCCUGCCCCUGCCAGCGCUGACCCGCAAGCUGACCAGCAUCAUCGAGGAGGCUGAGGAGGCCCAAGAGGCCCGGCCAGAGCCCAGUGGUGCUGCCACGACUGGCCAGCGCGAGCCGACUUCGCCACCCGGGCACGAGGCCAGCCGCGGCUCAGGGUCCUCUGCAGGAGAGACUCAGGCGGAGGCUGCUGGCCGCGAGCAGGAGCAGGUGCUGCGUGCCGCCGCCAUGGAGGUGCAGUCGGGUCAGUUCCAGGGCCAGCCGGUGUCCGUGUGGGACAUCCUCUUCUCGUCCUACCUGAGCGAGACCCGCAGAAACGAGCUCCUGGCCCAGCACGCAGCCGGCACACUGAGGCUGCCCGACCUCGUCACCAUCCUGCUCCAGAUCAUCGAGGAGACCGAGGAGCGGCUCAGCAAGGUGUCCUUCCGGGGACUGAGGCGCCAGGUGUCCGUGUCCGAGCUGGGCAAAUCCGGCAUCCUGGGCCCCGAGACCCUGCGGGACCUGGCCCAGGGCACCAAGACCCUGCAGGAGGUGACAGAGAUGGACUCGGUCAAGCGCUACCUGGAGGGCACCGGCUGCAUCGCGGGCGUCCUGGUGCCUGUCCGGGGACAGCCCGGCCGCCAGGAGAAAAUGAGCAUCUACCAGGCGAUGUGGAAGGGCGUGCUGCGGCCCGGCACGGCCCUGGUGCUCCUGGAGGCGCAGGCCGCCACCGGAUUUGUCAUCGACCCCGUGAACAACCGCAGGCUGUCCGUGGAAGAGGCCGUGGCCGCGGGCGUGGUGGGGGGCGAGAUCCGGGAGAAGCUGCUGUCGGCCGAGCGUGCCGUCACCGGCUACACGGACCCCUACUCCGGGGAGCAGAUCUCCCUCUUCCAGGCCAUGCAGAGGGACCUGCUCGUCAGGGACCACGGCAUCCGCCUGCUGGAGGCCCAGAUCGCCACGGGCGGCAUCAUCGAUCCAGUACACAGUCACCGUGUGCCCGUGGACGUGGCCUACCAGCGUGGCUACUUCGACGAGGAGAUGAACCGCGUCCUGGCCGACCCCAGCGACGACACCAAGGGCUUCUUCGACCCCAACACCCACGAGAACCUGACGUACGUGCAGCUGCUCCGCCGUUGUGUGCGUGACCCGGACACCGGGCUGUACGUGUUGCAGCUGGCCGGCAAGGACUCCCCGGUGCACCAGCUGAGCAAGGAGCUGCGUGGCACCCUGCGGGAAACCCAGGUCACGCUGGGCUCAGCUGCGUUCCAGGGCCAGAGCGUCUCUGUCUGGGAUCUGCUCUUCUACCGCGAGGUGCCCGAGAGCCUGCGCCAGGACCUGCUGCGCCGGUACCAGGAGGGCGCGCUGACCGUGCAGGACGUGAUCACCACCCUCACCUCGCUGUUGGCCCGGGCCCGGGAAGGGAGCCCACGUGCAGACUCUCAGGACAUCCUGAGCGUGGCCACCAUGGAGGUCAGGGUGGGCCCCCUCCGGGGACGUGCGGUGCCCGUGUGGGAUGUGCUGGUGUCUAGCUAUGUCGGUGGGGCUGCCCGGGAGGAGCUGCUGGCCCAGUUCAGCUCGGGGACCCUGCCCCUGCCAGCGCUGACCCGCAAGCUGACCAGCAUCAUCGAGGAGGCUGAGGAGGCCCAAGAGGCCCGGCCAGAGCCCAGUGGUGCUGCCACGACUGGCCAGCGCGAGCCGACUUCGCCACCCGGGCACGAGGCCAGCCGCGGCUCAGGGUCCUCUGCAGGAGAGACUCAGGCGGAGGCUGCUGGCCGCGAGCAGGAGCAGGUGCUGCGUGCCGCCGCCAUGGAGGUGCAGUCGGGUCAGUUCCAGGGCCAGCCGGUGUCCGUGUGGGACGUCCUCUUCUCGUCCUACCUGAGCGAGACCCGCAGAAACGAGCUCCUGGCCCAGCACGCAGCCGGCACACUGAGGCUGCCCGACCUCGUCACCAUCCUGCUCCAGAUCAUCGAGGAGACCGAGGAGCGGCUCAGCAAGGUGUCCUUCCGGGGACUGAGGCGCCAGGUGUCCGUGUCCGAGCUGGGCAAAUCCGGCAUCCUGGGCCCCGAGACCCUGCGGGACCUGGCCCAGGGCACCAAGACCCUGCAGGAGGUGACAGAGAUGGACUCGGUCAAGCGCUACCUGGAGGGCACCGGCUGCAUCGCGGGCGUCCUGGUGCCUGUCCGGGGACAGCCCGGCCGCCAGGAGAAAAUGAGCAUCUACCAGGCGAUGUGGAAGGGCGUGCUGCGGCCCGGCACGGCCCUGGUGCUCCUGGAGGUGCAGGCCGCCACCGGAUUUGUCAUCGACCCCGUGAACAACCGCAGGCUGUCCGUGGAAGAGGCCGUGGCCGCGGGCGUGGUGGGGGGCGAGAUCCGGGAGAAGCUGCUGUCGGCCGAGCGUGCCGUCACCGGCUACACGGACCCCUACUCCGGGGAGCAGAUCUCCCUCUUCCAGGCCAUGCAGAGGGACCUGCUCGUCAGGGACCACGGCAUCCGCCUGCUGGAGGCCCAGAUCGCCACGGGCGGCAUCAUCGAUCCAGUACACAGUCACCGUGUGCCCGUGGACGUGGCCUACCAGCGUGGCUACUUCGACGAGGAGAUGAACCGCGUCCUGGCCGACCCCAGCGACGACACCAAGGGCUUCUUCGACCCCAACACCCACGAGAACCUGACGUACGUGCAGCUGCUCCGCCGUUGUGUGCGUGACCCGGACACCGGGCUGUACGUGUUGCAGCUGGCCGGCAAGGACUCCCCGGUGCACCAGCUGAGCAAGGAGCUGCGUGGCACCCUGCGGGAAACCCAGGUCACGCUGGGCUCAGCUGCGUUCCAGGGCCAGAGCGUCUCUGUCUGGGAUCUGCUCUUCUACCGCGAGGUGCCCGAGAGCCUGCGCCAGGACCUGCUGCGCCGGUACCAGGAGGGCGCGCUGACCGUGCAGGACGUGAUCACCACCCUCACCUCGCUGUUGGCCCCCCGGGAAGGGAGCCCACGUGCAGACUCUCAGGACAUCCUGAGCGUGGCCACCAUGGAGGUCAGGGUGGGCCCCCUCCGGGGACGUGCGGUGCCGUGGGAUGUGCUGGUGUCUAGCUAUGUCGGUGGGGCUGCCCGGGAGGAGCUGCUGGCCCAGUUCAGCUCGGCCCUGCCCCUGCCAGCGCUGACCCGCAAGCUGACCAGCAUCAUCGAGGAGGCUGAGGAGGCCCAAGAGGCCCGGCCAGAGCCCAGUGGUGCUGCCACGACUGGCCAGCGCGAGCCGACUUCGCCACCCGGGCACGAGGCCAGCCGCGGCUCAGGGUCCUCUGCAGGAGAGACUCAGGCGGAGGCUGCUGGCCGCGAGCAGGAGCAGGUGCUGCGUGCCGCCGCCAUGGAGGUGCAGUCGGGUCAGUUCCAGGGCCAGCCGGUGUCCGUGUGGGACGUCCUCUUCUCGUCCUACCUGAGCGAGACCCGCAGAAACGAGCUCCUGGCCCAGCACGCAGCCGGCACACUGAGGCUGCCCGACCUCGUCACCAUCCUGCUCCAGAUCAUCGAGGAGACCGAGGAGCGGCUCAGCAAGGUGUCCUUCCGGGGACUGAGGCGCCAGGUGUCGUCCGAGCUGGGCAAAUCCGGCAUCCUGGGCCCCGAGACCCUGCGGGACCUGGCCCAGGGCACCAAGACCCUGCAGGAGGUGACAGAGAUGGACUCGGUCAAGCGCUACCUGGAGGGCACCGGCUGCAUCGCGGGCGUCCUGGUGCCUGUCCGGGGACAGCCCGGCCGCCAGGAGAAAAUGAGCAUCUACCAGGCGAUGUAAGGCGUGCUGCGGCCCGGCACGGCCCUGGUGCUCCUGGAGGCGCAGGCCGCCACCGAUUUGUCUCGACCCGUGAACAACCGCAGGCUGUCCGUGGAAGAGGCCGUGGCCGCGGGCGUGGUGGGGGGCGAGAUCCGGGAGAAGCUGCUGUCGGCCGAGCGUGCCGUCACCGGCUACACGGACCCCUACUCCGGGGAGCAGAUCUCCCUCUUCCAGGCCAUGCAGAGGGACCUGCUCGUCAGGGACCACGGCAUCCGCCUGCUGGAGGCCCAGAUCGCCACGGGCGGCAUCAUCGAUCCAGUACACAGUCACCGUGUGCCCGUGGACGUGGCCUACCAGCGUGGCUACUUCGACGAGGAGAUGAACCGCGUCCUGGCCGACCCCAGCGACGACACCAAGGGCUUCUUCGACCCCAACACCCACGAGAACCUGACGUACGUGCAGCUGAUACAGAGAGCCACGGUGGAUGCAGAGACUGGGCUGUUGUUUCUCUCUCUGUCUGAGGCCUGA